GGCUUCACCUACUGCGUAUAAAUGCAUGUACAGCUAUCAAAUAAUGUCUGAAUAACCUUCGUCUUAAAAUAAAGUAGUUUAGUUGUCUGACGUGCUCCUUUUGUCAGCGGGGACCGAAUCGGUACGUGACAGUCCGUAAAUUGGAUUAGCGCUAAGUAAAGCCAAUAGUGAGUGGUAGUUUAGCAAACUUGCUAGCUAGCACACCGGUCUGUUGGUUGACGACUGUAAAAUAUUCCCUGUUUUUGACGGUGUAUUUUGCAUUCAUGCGUUUGUGACUAUUAGCUGUUGGGCUAAUUUUACACACAAAUGGUAAUGUAAAUAUUUAGUUAGUUCCGCCUGUGUCUUGACAAGGUUGUGUGCCUGCUGUUCAUGUAUUAGAAGCUCAACGUUGUUAGCUCGUUCAACGCAGUUAGGGUUUACAAUAUGGAUAGUUACAGUCAACGAGACAGUAAACAUCAAAAGAAGAAGGGUUCAAGCACGUCAAGUUAUGAAGAAGGGGACCGAAAGCCAAAGUUUCACAUACCCUUUAAAAACAUCACAGAUGAUGUGCUUGACAGAUUUGCCAGUAUCCGGAUUCCAGGCAGUAAAAAGGAACGGCCAACAUUGUUGCAGUCUAAACACAGCAAUAAUGAUUGGUCAAUUUCCUCAUCGUCCACAUCGCACCAAUUUGAAGAGCUUUCAUCGAAGAUCACCUCAGAAAAAGAGAUCUUGGCUCUGUUUGAAAAGAUGAUGGAGGACAUGAACUUGAGUGAAGAAAAAAAGACUCCUCUGAGAGACAAAGACCUCAGCACAAAGAGAGAAAUGGUCAUCCAGUAUAUUUUUGCUGCUUCUAAAACUGGUAGCUUGAGAAGCAGCCAUCAAAUAUCUCCCCAGGAGUUCCUGGGAGAGCUGAAGUCAGGGGUGAUGGACGAACGCCUGGUUGCCUGUCUGGACUCAUUGAGGGUGUCCCUGACCAGCAACCCUGUCAGUUGGGUCCAGAGCUUUGGACAUGAGGGUCUUGGACUGCUGCUGGACAUUCUCGAAAGGUCACUAUGCAAGAAACAACAAGAGAAGAUUGACAAAAAAAAUCAACAUAAAGUUGUCCAGUGUCUCAAAGCCCUCAUGAACAACAAGUAUGGCUUGGAUCGAAUCCUUGGGGAGGAGAAAAGUCUUGCGUUACUGGCAAGAGCCAUUGAUCCCACCCAGUCUGCCAUGAUGACUGACGUGGUAAAGCUGCUGUCAGCCAUCUGCAUUGUGGGCGAGGAGAACACUUUGGAAAAGGUCCUUGAAGCCAUCACCACAGCAGGGGAAUGGCGAGCCAUCGAGAGGUUCAGUCCCAUUGUGCAGGGACUUCGAGUUCGCUCGGUUCAAUUACAGGUGGCAUGCAUGCAGCUCAUCAAUGCACUUGUAACGUCUCCUGAUGAGUUGGACUUCAGGCUGCACAUCAGAAAUGAAUUUACGCGCUGUGGCCUGAAAGAGAUACUGCCGCAACUGGCAACCAUCAGGAAUGAGGCCCUUGACAUUCAGCUGAAGGUUUUCGAGGAGCAUAAAGAAGAGGACAUGAUAGAGUUCUCUCAUAGGCUGGAAGACAUCAAAAGCGAGUUGGAUGAUGCGGGGGAUGUGUUCAGUAUUGUGCAGAGCAUGGUGAAGGACAGCAGUGCAGAGCCCUAUUUCCUCUCCAUACUUCAGCACCUGAUGCUAAUACGCAAUGACUACUUGGUCAGGCCUCAGUACUUUAAGAUCAUUGAGGAGUGUGUGUCUCAGAUUGUUCUCCACCGAAGUGGCACUGAUCCAGACUUCAGUUACCGCAAGCGCCUAGAUGUGGACUUCAGUCACCUCUUAGAGGUGUGUGUAGAUAAAGCUCGCUGUGAUGAGUAUGAACAAAGAGCCUCAGAACUGGCACAGAAGUUUGAUGAGGAGUUUCUAAGCAGACAGGAGGCUCAGGCUCAGCUGCUGAAGUAUGAAGAAAAAAUAGCCGAACUCCAAACAGAGCUGCAGGCCUUCAGGUCCCAGUUUGGAGCCGUACCUGUGACUUUGUCCACAGCCAACCCUGGACCCACAUCCACAGCCUUCCUGUCUGGGCCUCCUCCUCCUUCUUCAGCAUCUGGAGUGCCACCUCCCCCUCCUCCACCUCCUCCUCCUCCUUUACCAGGCUGUCCUGCCCCACCUCCUCCACCUGGAGUGCCUCCUCCAUUUGGUGCCCCACCUCCACCACCUCCAGGUUUUGGAGGCUUCCCCACCCACUACGCUUUGCCUUAUGGUCUCAGGCCUAAGAAAGACUUCAAGCCUGAGACCUCCAUGAAGCGCCUCAACUGGUCUAAGAUUCCUCCCCAGGAAAUGUCAGAAGGCUGUUUCUGGGUGCUAGCCGACGAGGACCAGUACGCAAAACCAGAAAUCCUUGAAAGGGUUGCUCUCACUUUUUGCUCACAAAGAACAGAAACAAAAGCCAAAAAAGAAGAGGAGGAUCAAGAGGAUAAGAAAUCCAUAAAGAAGAGAAUUAAAGAGCUCAAGGUGCUCGAUCCAAAGAUUGCACAGAAUCUGUCUAUUUUCCUGGGCUCUUUCCGUAUGCCUUAUCAUGAAAUCCGUCGGAUGAUUGUGGAGGUGGAUGAGGAGCAGCUCACAGAACCUAUGAUCCAGAACCUUGUGAAACACCUACCUGAGCAGGAACAGCUUAACGCCUUGGCCAAGUAUAAAAAUGAGUACGCAAAUUUGUCAGAACCUGAGCAGUUCGGGGUUGUGAUGAGCAGUGUGAAGCGGUUGCGUCCUCGCCUCAGCCACAUCCUCUUCCGGCUGCAGUUUGAGGAGCAGAUAAACAACCUGCGUCCAGACAUUCUGGCCGUCAAUGCCGCCUGUGACGAGGUCAGGAAGAGCCGCUCCUUCGGCCGCUUGCUGGAGCUGGUGCUGCUGCUUGGGAACUACAUGAACGCAGGCUCUCGAAAUGCUCAGUCAUACGGUUUUGACCUUAGUUCGCUUUGCAAGCUUAAGGACACAAAGUCAGCAGACCAAAAGACAACAUUACUUCACUUCUUGGCACAAGUGUGUGAGGAGGAAUUUCCAGAUGUGAUCAAGUUUGUUGAAGACCUGGAGCAUGUGGACCGAGCCAGCAGAGUGUCCGCAGAGAAUCUGGAAAAGAGCCUUAGGCAGAUGGAGCGGCAGCUGCUGCAGCUGGAGAGAGACCUGGAGACUUUCUCCUCCCCUGAUGACCCCAACGACAUGUUCUUCACUAAAAUGGCUAGCUUCAGCAAGGUUGCACGAGAGCAGUACGGCAAGCUGGUGAUCAUGCACAGCAAUAUGGAGACGCUGUACCAGAACAUACUGGAGUAUUUUGCCAUUGAUCCCAAGAAGACAUCUGUGGAGGAGCUGUUCACUGAUCUCAGCAACUUCCGCUCCAUGUUCAUUCAAGCACUGAAGGAGAACCUGAGGCGGAGGGAGUCGGAAGAGAAGCAGAAGAGGGCACGGGCAGCGAAGGAGAAGGCAGAGCGAGAAAAGCAGGAGAGGCAGCAGAAGAAGAGGAGGCUGCUGGAAGUCAAUGCAGAGAACGACGAGACAGGUGUGAUGGAUAGUUUGCUGGAAGCCCUGCAGUCAGGAGCUGCAUUCAGAGACCGCAGGAAGAGAGCACCAAGACCAAGGGAUAACCAGCAGCAGACGAUCAGCCCAGGUUCUUUCCGCCAGGUCCUCAGGCCUGUUAACUAUGAAAACAACAAGGCACCUUUACAAAGGUCUCGCUCUCGGCAGAAUAUUAAUGCGGGCUCAGCGGCGGUGAAAGCUCACGCUGCCAAGGAGGCCCAUAACGAGACUGAAGGCCAUCCCUCUGCAGCCCGGGACAAGGCCGCUGCAGGUACUGAGUCUGGAAGGAGGUACAGAAACCAUGCUGCUAACAGCUGCUGGCUGGACAGAGAGAGGGUGGUGGAGAGAGAGAUGCUCAAACCGACUGAGAAAGAGGUGGAGGUUGAAGAUGAGCCUGAGGUCUUCCAGUCAGCCUCCACCAGUGCUGCAGUCAGCAGCUACAGCACCAACGGAGAGUCUGAUGUUGAGACUCUUCUGGCCAAACUCAGGGCCUUGUGAGGUGUGCUUUUACAUUAUCUUUGAAAAAAACAAACACAGAAAGGAUUGAAUCAAACAACCCUGAAUGUAACCUGAAAGAGUUUCCUUUGACAAUAGAAAACAGUUAUUAGGACUCAUUUAUAAAAGAUUUGUCACACUUGCAUAGAGGAGAAAAGGCAUUGUAUCUUUAAAUUUGUUUUUCUUUUAUUAAAAAAAGGAUCAAAAAAAGGGGGGAAAAAAAACUGUAGAAAUUGAGACAAUGUUUGUAUUUGAUGAUGAAAUGUAAGAGCUAUUUUCCAACAUAAAAUUUGGGCAGGUAGUGCAUAGAAAGCUGGUCAAGUUUUACUUCAUAAGGGAUGCAAAAGUUUUGAUUUAAAGGAAACUCUCGUAUCAGAAGAGACUCUGCUGAAUACAUUUUGCUUUAUUUUCUUGCUUCUCCUGUAGGCAACAAAGGUCCCAGUGUCAUUUAUUUUUUCCUAUACAGCAACUUUCUAUUUGCAAGUCAAACAUUCAACAAUGCCUAGCACUUUCUUUGUAAUCCCAAAUAUAUGCAACAUUGAAAAGCUUAUAUAUUUACUCUUUUCUUGCAUUUUCAAAAUAUCUGUAGCAGUUAUUCCAAAGCUUAAAUAACACAUUAGUGUUUUUUUUAAACAUAUGCAUGUUAUAAAAUCACAUAUCAGUCUUAUAUUUGUUAAUUGCCCAUAUUUCACAUUUAAUCUCUUGAGUUCUUUCAUUCCUGUAAGUUUUGUUUUGUAUGAUUGCAUGGAUUUUCUACAUUUGACUAAAAGGAUCCAUUUCUCUGAACUUUUAAAGCUUGAAAAAGUUCCUUGAUGUCAGCUGAUAUUGAAACUGUUUUUCUCUAGAAUCUUAAAUUAGACACAAUGGGAACAACUUUACAAAAAGGGACCAGUGUCCAAGAGGAUUCCCGUCUAUAUACGACAUGACAACACAUCAUAGUU